AUGCAGAAACCUCAGCGCCGGCGAACUCCAGUCAGCUUAUCAAAGCCACACAGUCCAGCCACACCGCCAAGCGCCGUUGCUGAUCCCAGCCCCACCCGCCGCGCAUACUCCUCCGAAGGUCCCCCAGAUUUAGGCCCCCCAGAAAAUGAGCUUUGUGGCUCCAUUCCGAAUCGGGGGAGAUUGAUCAGAGGUCUUGAAGUUAAUCAAUCAGUACUCCCAAUAAUUGAGAAUUGGAAUUGGGACGAUCAGGAGUCUUUCUGCUUUACUCCUACUUACAACUAA